AUGAAGACUUUCACUGUCGCCGCGGCAGCUCUCGCCACUGUCGAGGCGCGGAACCUUGCCAGAAUGGAAGCACAGCCUACAGUGCCGGCCAUCUUUGCUCUCGAUGGCUUCUCACCGGUCCCUACGACACCUCCGGCGCCCGAACAUGUCGCUGCACGAGCGGACAGCAGUUCUCCCGUACUCCUCUACAAUACCGGAAACACCUGCGGCUAUGUCUCUGGCGUCUCCAGUGCACCGUACUAUUGCAUCAACAAGGGCGACUACUGUGCCCUGAGCACGUCUGCCAGUGGCAGAGUUGGACGCAUUGCUUGCUGCGGCGCCAGCGAGUGCAACUUUCGAACAACUUGCGUCAGCUCUGCCGACAUCUACACAAACAAGGCCUGUAACGAGGAAUGCCGCGACAACAUAUACAUUGUCAAGUGUACCGAUGCCCUGUACCCUUUCUGCAACACAGUUUCCUUUCCGGGAGGCGCCAUUGAUUAUGCAUGCGGCAUCUCGGACAUUAGAACAUACCAGGUCCUUCAGACUAGCUACUCUGGCCAGGUCAAUCCCCAGAGCUACACGGAGUACACCGUCACAGGGUCUGCUUCUGGCUCCUCAAGGUCAGGAUCUGCCACUGGAGCGCCAGCGCCAACCCGUACCAGCAUCACGUCUAGCACCAGCAGCACCAGCAGCGGCAGCGGCAGCGGCAGCACCUCGCAACCGACCAACGAGAACAAGUCUAGCAAGAGCGGCACACCCGUCGGAGCCAUCGUUGGCGGUGUCGUUGGAGGUGUCGGGGCAAUUGCGCUCAUCGGCAUUGGCAUUCUGCUUUUCCUCCGCAACAAAAAGAAGAAGAACAUCCAGCAAAGCCCUCCUGCGCCGCUCAUGAGCCAGCCUCAGAAUGGUGGUGCUCCUCAUCCGCCAUCACAGUACGGCUAUCCUCCUGAUGCCACCAACGCCGCCUACUCGACCUCUCCCAGCGCCGCCGGUGCCUACUACCCCCCUCAGCAGCAACAGGGCUCCCCGAGUCCCAACUUUCCUUACAGCCAACACUCGGUCAGCCCUGUCGCGAGCUACGCGCCGCAGCAAUAUGGACAGCAGGGCUUCGGACAGCAGCCUUAUCAGCAGGCUGGCUCGCCACCACCCAUGCAGCAGCACGCUGGCUCGCCGCCGCCUAUGCAGCAGCAGCAUGCUCCGCCAGCCGCGGGCGGCGUUGCCGGUGCUGCCGCAGGAGCUGCUGCUCACAAAGGCGCCCCGUCUGGCCCCGUCCACGAGGCGCCGACGGCCAACUCUGCCGGCCACCGUGGCGAGAUGCAAGAACUAGAGUAG